AUGGGUGCUGGGUGCUGCGGUCGUAAAACUCAAGUUGUACAACCGAUACCUAAUCAUGAAAUUUACAGAGUCAAAAGUCCACCUAUAACACGUAAACCUGAGACUGUAUUGCCCAGAAACAAAAGUCCACCUACAAUGCGAGACGACUCAACAAUGCAACGCUUUUUGAAACCCGGUAUUAGCUCAGACAGUCCUUUGAAACUUAUUGAUGGUUAUCUCAAUGAACCACUUUCGCCUCUUGAAGAAGCACUUCAACCCUUUCAUGGUCAAAUUGAUCAAUUAGCUUAUUACAUUAACGAAGCUAAAAGCAAAUGUCAUUAUCCAUCAGAACAUAAUCUUACACGUGAUGAAUCAGCUGCUAUUUAUAUUUAUACAAUGAAAUGGGACAACAAAUGUCUCUAUGAUCAUUUGCAAGAAGCAUGGAGUUUUGAAGAUAAAUCUCAAAUGAAACCAUGGUUCAAAUAUCUUAAAUUAUUCAAAAGUGCAUGUGAUAAAUUACCUAAUGUGAAGAAAGAAAUUUGGCAAGGAACACCAUUUGAUGAAAGACUCAUAGAGAAACUAAGCUCGAAGUCAUUAUCACUUUAUUCUUCUAUGACCUCAUGUUUACUAUGGCCGAAUGAAAUUGACGACUAUCUUCGAAAAAAUGAUAAUGCAAAGAUAAUUCUUAUUAGUUAUGAAUUUGUCAAUGGAAAAUCAAUAGCCGGUUAUUCAGCAAAUUCAUGGGAUGAAGUCAUUGUAAGCCCUGGUGUGAAACUGGGUGUAGCAAGCCACAGUAUGAUUGAUGCUAAUGGUUCAGUCACUCUACAUCUAAAAAGAGUAAUUAGUAAGUAA